AACAAAUUGAUCGGGGUAGAGAGAAGCGUUAUAACCUCUUUCAAUGCGAUAGGAAUCGGAGGUAGUAAUUUUUUAGCAAUCACAUUGUCAAAUACGCGUUGAAUUGUUUGAAAUAUCUGAUAAAAUAAAAUACCUAAGCAGAUGAAUAGUUUCAAAAUGAAGGGAUUGAUUUAGUCUUUUUACAACAAUGCAUAUAAAUCGGCAUAAUAAAUCCGGCAGUAUUAGCGCGGACGUGAAACUACCGCCGAUUAGUGCAAACAGUACUGCUUUAAAAGCUAACGGAGAAUGUGGGAUUAACGAAGAACCGAAUUCGAACGUGGCGGCCUCUAACAGUGUGGCUCCCCCUAGCAGAGGAAUGGUGAGCCAAAAUCCGAGGGGUACGAGCUCCAAGAACCUUAUUUAUCGCAGCAUACCUCCGAAGCCUCAUACGUUUACGCUUUCGGAUAUGUUGGAACCGAAUUUUACUCAUCAAAUGGGUGCUCCGCAUAACAAAAAGCUCGGACUUACGGGUAGUUCGUCCUCGGAGUUCGCUAAAAGGUUCAUGUCGAGGCCGACAACACAACCAAAAGUGGUGGAAUUUAAUGUGAAAAAAAUGGGAGCACAGAAACGAAGAGGAAUAAAUGGAUUUUUCCCACCAGUAAAACUUCGGGGAUCGGCAAAGGCUGACAAAUCAGUGCCUACAGUAGCUUUUUCAGAGCCACCGCCACCUCCUUCGGAACCUAGCCCACUUCAGCUCGUACCGACGGCCUACUCAGAGGUGCGGCCGAAGUCUGAAUCCCGAAGCAUUUCUCGCUCAUCACGACAUUCACACAGAUCCAUACGCAAGACCCCAGAAUCCGUGAGAACAGCACCGCCACAGGAAAACAUGACAAUAUACCCAGAGACUUUUGAAUUUGACGACCUAAGUUACCUGCCACGACCGAAAAAGUAUUUACCUAAACGAGACUUACCGUGGGUCUUUAGAUAUAAGGUAAAAAGAAACAUGAACGAAUUGUCAAAAAUAAUGGCGAGUAAACCAGGCCCUCUUAUCGACGUAUAGAAUAUGAUUUUAUAUAAAAAAAAAUAGUUAUUCAGAUAUGAUGGAUUUAUGUGAGUGUAAAACCCAAGUUUAUUAGAAGUGUUUUUCAAAUGGUCUGAAUAGAAAUAAUACAAUGCAAAAUUGUGCAUUUACUGCAUGUUAUUCAUACGCGUUGGAUUUGAAAGAAAAAGUGUACAAAAGCAGUUAACAGAAGUUAUUCAGACGUCUUGGAAUAUAAAAAAGUGUAAAAUAUGCAUUUAUUAGGCUGUAUUAUGUGUUUAUUGCAAAAUUCAUUUACCACAAUAUACUAGAUUCAAAUAUGACAGAUGUCCAAACUAGACUUAAUAAUAAAUAGUACUAGGAUCAUAGUUACAAAUGCGAUUUUAGUGCACAACUUGAACAUUUUUGUUCAAAAAGAGUUCUUACAAUUGAUAGAUGUUUCUUCUUCAAUGUUAGAAAUGCCACGCACGUGUAAAAUAUCUGUUGUGUUUAUACUUAGUCUAAACAUUGCACUUUAUUUCGUAAGCAAUUAACAUUUGCGUAUGUGCCGAAAUUCUCCAGUGCCCAAUGGUUUUCAGUUAUUUCUAAUAUAAAACGGUCACUAAUUGUUAUGCAUGUGAAACUAUCAUAACAGUCACCUGUGUUGAACGGACUCUUAUCUUAAACAAUAUGUCAACAAACUUCCGGAAUUAUUUUGUUCAGGUUUCCACCUAACUUUAGCAGUCACCUGCUUAUAGAAGCUAAAUUUUCACCACAUUGACUUCUUACUUAUAACACAGAUUUUUGCGGACAAAACAUCAUUUUUAGCAACUGGUGCCUAUAUUUCGAUAUUUCGCGGUGGUUUAGGUAAGAUGUUGCAAAAUAAUAAUUGCAUUACGAAAGGGUAAUAUAAGUAAUUUAUCGAUCACAACUUAAUGUCACGGUGCUUACAAAUAUUGUUCAAUGCACAUGUACAUGUACGUAGAAAAUUAUUUCUAACGGGUAUGCGUCCGUAUUCACAUUACAAUUUUUGUCAGAUUAACAUGGCCAGAAACUGUCCUGCAUAGUUUUGACAGAAUACAGGAGCAAAACUGUAUUAUUAAUUACGUAAUGAUUUUUUUCUUAUUUGCUAUUCCUACAGGGUGACCAAUUGCAACCCUCGUGACUUUUCAGUACUUCACGGGGGGAAACGGGUAACAUCUUUGCUAAUGAUCUUCUUAUUACUUGUAACAAAGCGCUGAAGACAGGAAAACAAGGGCUCUGCUUGGCACAAAGCAUCUACCAGAAAUUUUCAAUACUUUCUCUCAAACACUUCGCCCUUCAUGGACCAAAUGUGUAGGUUAUUUGCACACCGAGGCUUGUUCGAAGAAAGCAUUGAAAAUAUCUGGUAGAGGCUUUGGGUCUAGAAGAGAACUCGUUUUUGUCUUUGGCACAAUUUUAUCUUAAUAACAUCAGUUUAUUAUAUAUUUUUAUUCUAUAAGAAAGUUAUAAGCAAAAAUGUCAUCUGAUUUUCCCUCGUGUACGUUGCCGGAAAGUCGCGCAUAUUGGCCACCCUGCUCUUUCUACAAAAUUAUUUUCUAUAUAUAAAAAAUAUUAUAUAAAAAUUCAAUACUGGUUUAAAACAUCAGAUAUCUGUUCGCACCAGUUUUUCAAGUUUGUUUGGAACAUGGAUGCAUCUAUAAUUAUCACUUCAAUCACAAAAAAUAUCACCAGUCUGACUGACGUAUUCGGUACCUUUGGACAUGGUAUGGUUUAAAUAUUUAUACUCUUCAUUAACUAGUAAUUUAAGGAUUUAAACAAAUAUACAAUCUAGCGUAUUUGUCCUGGUGACCGUGUACUCUUUAAAGCAUUCUUUGUUGUAACUUUUUGAAAACGUAUGAAAUGUAACUCACCUUUCAUGGUAUGUAUUUCUUCUCAGUGCCACAUGUAUACAAACAAUAUCAUAUAUGUUUGUAGACAACACUUUUUCAAGUUAGCAGUUUUAUGUCAUAUUGUGAAGUUUUGA